AUGUAUGGCUCCGCACCUGCGCCUGAAGAUGAUGACAAGCCAUUCGCAGAGGGAGCUGCACCAUACGUGGCAGAAUUUGUAGGCACUUACCUGUUGGUCUUUGCCAUUGCAGUGAACAGCAUCUUAGCAGAGCCUUGGGGCCCAACAGCGAUUGGAGCUCUGCUUGUGGUGCUGGUCUACAUCUUUGGUCCGAUCUCAGGAGCAUAUCUGAAUCCUGCUGUUUCAGUCGCCGCCGGACUGGCGGGUCAAAUUCCAUGGAGGACAGUCAUGGCGUACACCGUGUUGCAAAUUACAGCAGGAUUUAUUGCAGGCCUGGCAUGCUAUGGAGUUUUUCAGAUGCGCAUGGGGGUAGCCCCUGUUGCACCCUUUCAGUUUUGGGAGGCAGCAUUUCUGGAACUGCUAUUCACUACAAUGCUAGUGUUUGUGAUUCUCAGCGUGACUGCUUCUAGGACCAACAAUCCCUCCAGUAACCAGAACAACUUCUCGGGUCUGGCCAUUGGUCUAGUCAUUGUAGCUGCUGGCCAUGCAGCGGGUCCCAUCUCCGGGGCUAGCUUGAACCCAGCUGCUGCCAUUGGUUUGGAGGUUGGUGGGGAUGAUGGCGCCGAAGCCUUUGGCCUAGCCUAUGCCUUCAUUCAGCUGCUAGCCGGGUUCCUGGGUGCCGCCUGCUACCGCCUGGCGCGCAAGCAUGAGUACCUGGAACUCUGUGGAGAGCCCAGCACGGCUUCCAAACUCUUCUGCGAGCUUUUUGGGACCUUACUUCUUUGCACAACAGUUGGAAUAUGCCUCACCCAGCAUUCCAACGCCACCCCGUGGGCUGCUGGUGCUGCUUUGAGUUCCAUUGUGUACUCCAUGCACGAUGUCAGCGGGGGCCACGUGAAUCCUGCUGUCACGGUGGCAGCGGUGCUCAAUGGCAAGUGUCCCGUAGAAAGAGGCCUGGCCUACUGUGGCAUCCAGCUGCUGGGUGCUUUCAUGGCCGGCCUUAGCCUGGCAGCGUAUCGUGGAGACUUCAGCUGGAUCAGCAUUUUUGCGGUUGAGACCGUCUUCACCUGCGUUCUUGCCCUCGUCACCCUGAACGUUUCGUCAGGCCCCGGUCCCAACUGGUACUUCGGCAUAGCCAUUGGCUCAUGCUUGACCUUGGGUGGCAUAGCUUCUUCAAAGAUCUCGGGAUUGCUGAACCCUGCCGUGGUUUGGAGUGUGGCCAUUUCUGCAGCUACUGAAAGCUUUGGAACGCCAUCACUGGCUUUCCACUGUUUGGCAUUCUGCCUCUUUGAGAUUGCAGGAGGAAUUCUAGCUUCAUCUUUGCAUCAACUGGUACAGGAUAUUCCGCAUAUUAAGACUCGCUCUUUUUGA